GUCAUAAAAAAUCGAUUUCAUUUUGGUAUUUGCUGCCACAUUUGGAAGUUAUCCAGGAAACAUCAAUAAAAAGUAGAGGACGAAGUAGAUAAAACGAUGGCUUCAUCAGGAAAGAAAGGAAAAAAAGCAAAAGGAACGGUUUUAUCUCUACAAACAUUUUUGUCAAAUGGGGAGACGCCUCCAUUAGGAACAACUCAGGUGGCCAAAAACGUAAGAAAUAUUGAUGGUGAUGACAGCGAUGAUGAUGAUAAGGUGCUGACAUUAGUUUGCAACCUUCCCACUGCGCCUAGAGCAAACAGAGCAUUUGAUGAAAACCAUGUUCCCUAUAAGGCUCCAUUUAUUGCUUAUGUUACCAAUUUGCCUUUCGACAUUACUGAAGAAGAUGUGUACACAUUUUUUAAUAACAAUAACAUUGUGUCGGUACGUCUACCGAGAGAAGAUGGAGAAACCGGAAGGGUUCGUGGAUUUGGCUAUAUUGAAUUCGAGACCCGAGAUGGCCUCAUACACGCUCUAGGUUUACCUGAUCCUUCUAUUAAAGGCCGCCGUAUACGAAUCGAGUUGUCGAACGAAUCAGACCAAAGCUCUAGACAAAGGGGAAAUCGAAGAAAUUAUGAAAUGCCAUCUAAUUCAGAAAAUAGAGAAUCUACAAAUUGGAGACGCGACAAUAUAAAGAAAGAAGUAAAUAACAUUGAAUACGAUCGGGGGGAUCAAACUUAUUCACACGGAGAAACUUCAUGGCGAUCUCGUCAACGCCCUAAAGAAAUGCAUGGAAAAAUGAUGAUGGAAAAUAAAGACGAUUUAUUGCUUGAACGCCCAAGGUUAAACUUAAAGCCACGAACAUUGCCUCUUCCUGAAAAUGACAAGCCAAUGAAUAGAAACGAACCACUUUCUAGUGAAAAGUUAAAUACUCCAUCUAAACUCUCUGGAGCAUGUUCAGAAAAAAUAUUUGGUUCUGCUAAACCAGUUGACACUACGGCAAGGGAUUUAGAAAUUGAACAACGUAUUGAUAUUCGAAGACAAGAAACACUACAAAAAGUUAUCGAUGUGUCUAUUGGAAAUAUACAUAAUGAAAAUACGGAAUCUGUGGAAUCAAACUGGAGAAAAAGUAAUGUUAAAUUAGAGAACCAACAGCAGGACCUACAGAAAAAAGAUUACGGACGAGACAAUUCUAUGGACAAGCGAUCUGCGAGGUACAACAAUUCGAAAGAUUCAUAUGGGGAGUUGAAACAAAAAGAUGUGAGUAAAGGUAAAUCCGUACGCCCCGUACCGAGACAGUCGCCAAAGCAGCAAGACACUGUUGUUGUAUCAUCAAAUAAAUACUCGGGACUAGACGAAGAUUCGGAUUAAUAUAUAAAUAAAGCCAAGUACUAUGGAGUUGUCGAAAUUUAAUUCAUUGUGUUAAAUAUCGUAGUAAUUAUUCCAAUAAAUAUUCAUCAGUCUGUUUGAUAA